ACUAAUUCUCCACUAAAACCAAGACAAGCUAUUACCUUUACCAGAAUUAAUUAAAAACCAACAUGCUGAAAGCAUAGCAUAACAGAAGAAUACUACAGCAUCAGAGUAGUUUUGAAAGAAAUGGUGGUUGAAGAGAACAACAGCAACAACAACAAUGGUGGGUGGGCACCAAUAGGGUCUCUAAUGAAUGUGAAUGUGCAGAGCAGAGAUGACUCCCAUUUGACCAACUUUGAGAGUUCAGUCAACGCUGUCUCCUUUGGCUUUGUGGCCACUGCCAUCCUCAUCUCCAUGUUCCUUCUCAUGGCCAUCUUUGAGAGGUUCCUUAGACCCAACAACUCCGAUGAAUUCUCCCCCUCUGCUCGCCGGACUUCCACUGAUCUUGAGCCCCAGAUGGCCUUUCCCGGCAAGCUUGGCCACCCUUCACCCAAAAGUGCUUUCUUUCAUGCCAAAAAGUGCUUUCUUUCAUGCCAAAAGUGCUUUCUUUCUUUGGUGUUUUACUGAUUUACUCUUUAUUAC